UGACAGAUAUGAUAUUUAUUGCCACGGACAGUAAAAUUUAUAUAUAUUAAAAAAAUGCAAACUUCGGCAUGCAAUGGGAAGCACUGACAGGAAACGCCUUAGAACAAAUUUUUGCAAGAAAAUGUGGCCGGAGGAAGCAGCUUCAGUGAAAAUGUUUUAUUUGUUCUGAUCCUGGGGGAAAAUGGUAGAGUACAAGAAAAGUCAACUUCUGAAAUAUCAUUUCCCUUUACCCAGUGAAAGUCACCUCAACUCUGGUAAAUAAGGGGGAUUUUCUUCCUUGGAUAGCUUUGUAAUUAGAGAUAUUUGAGCACAGUCAGAGAAGAAAGCUAUUUAACUGAAAACUUUACUCCAGCUAAAUUAAACUAGAGUAUCCAAAAACGUUUGAGUUGCCCCUUUCUCUUGAGCAAAUAAAACACUCUCUGUUAAAUAUUUAAUACAUAUAUUGUUCCCCUUCUUUUCUACAAUAUUAAUUUUACUAUUUAAGAAGACUCGCAGAGUAUUAAGUGGAACAGUAGUUUUAUGCAGUAGAAGAUUGAUACCAAUGCAAGUUUUUGAUCAAAUUACAGCUUCCCCUUUGUUAUUUUCCAGCCUAGAUAUUGCAGUCUUGUGACACUGUCUGGUUGGGAAGAAAAACUGACUUCUGAAUAAGAAAAGUUAGGAAGAUAGCUUUCAUAGGCCAAAUUGGAUUAAUUGUUAACCAUAAUAGGAACUACAGCUUAGAAAUACUGGAAAACAAAGAUGGAAGAGGCAGGAGAUAUUUUCAUCUAUCACAGAAACCUAAGUCCAGGGUUGGGAAAUUCUAUUUAAAAUUGAAGGUAAUUGUUCAUUCCAGUGUUGCAAGUGUCCCCCAAACAUCAAUGUAUAUAAUGUUUGCGCAGGGGAGACCUUAUCAGUCUCUAUAACUCCCUGAAAUAAGGUUGUGGCAAGGUAGGGGUUGGCCUCUAUUCCCAGGUAACAGUGAUAGAUCGAGGUGAAAUGGCCUCAAGUUUUGCCAGGGGAUGUUCAGGUUGGAUAUUAGGAAACAUUUCUUCUCAGAAAGAGUGCAGAUGCACUGGCAAAGGCUGCCCAGGGAGGUGGUAGAGUCACUGCCCCUGGAGGUCUCCAAGAAAUGUAUAGAAGUGGAACUGAUGGGGAGCCCCACACUGCCCAAUAUGCAUCUGCUGCCAGCACUGGGCAGAUGCAAGCAAUGGGAUGGCCCCUUAGUGGGGGACCCACUGCAGGCAGUGGAACAGCAGCCUCCACUUCCAGCUUCCUAACUUGUAGCUCUUAAGUGCAUACUUCUGGAAAUAACACAUUUCAGUAAUUAACAUUCUCAGUUCUCAGAUUGAAUUUGUAUUUGGUCUCCCAAUAGGAAGUAGAAGGAGUGCUUCUAAUAUUGAUGGAAUGCUUUUCUGUAAGUGUUGACAUAACCAGAACAACCACAUGCUCUCCAGUCUCCUGUCCCCCCCUUGGUACACAGAGCCAGGGCUGCCCCAUGGGAACAAAGUAGCACUUGCUCUUGGUAAUCUUCAUAUGGUUACUGAUUGCCCCGCCUUCCCAUUUGCCAAGAUCAAAUCAUAAAUCAUAGAAUCAUAGAAUGAUUGGGGUUGGAAGGGACCUAUAAGACCAUCUAGUUCCAACCCCCCUGUUGGAGGCUGGGACACCUCCCACUUAAUCAUGUUGCUCAAAGACCUCUGCAAGGCCUGUCUUUGAGCUCUAUAGCUCCUCCACUUUGAUUUUCUUGGCUCACUUUCUAUCUUUCUAAAAGACCAAACCAAAAGCAAAGGAAGCAAAGAGGGGUUGCACGCCUCCUGUUUACGCCAUCAGCAAACUGUGUUUAGUGUCUUUGCUUCAGUCAGACCUACAGAGCAGCCUCUGCACCACUGCUGACAUUGCAGAACAUCACCUGGGCACACAGCUACUCUGUUGCACCAGCUCUGCAAUGGAAAUCGCAGAGCAUUUGCAAGAGGUGGGCACACACUGGGAAGAGAUGGCUAUUGUCUUCUGUUCCCACUGCUUGGGAAAGUGAUUUCCAGCCCAUGUGGAGAACCAGAGGGACGCCCAGGAGGCCAGCAGGGAGCUACUCGGGGGAUUGCACAGGGAGGGGGAAGGAAGGCCUAGGCAAGGGGUGAUCUCCUUGCAACACAGCUUUAUUUGCCUCUUGCCUCAAGUUCAAGGAGCUGUGGCUCUGGGCAGGGGCAGCAACAAGGGCCGCUAGUGACAUCUGCUCAGGCAGCUCCACCCAGCCUGGCCUUGGGUGCCACAUGAUGAUGUCACAGUGACGACACAAGAGCCUCAUGGUGACACUUGAGCAUCUUCCAGUGGAACGCCCAGGCAGUGCUGGUGGAUUUCCCUUGCUAGCAGGCAGGGGGAAGACUGCUUCGCUGCACAAGUGGCAGUACGCUCAAUCUUUGGUCCAAACCAGAGAGGAGAAAUUGAGAUGGAGGCACCAGCAGCAGAAGCAGCUUCUGUUUCUGAGCUGGAGGUGCUGCCUGAGACCUCAGCCUCUGCUUUCAGUGACCUGCCAGGACAGGACCCAGCAGCAGCUGGCAAUGCUGUGGGAACAGUAGUAAUGGAAGAACAGGACUCAGAAAUGGUUCCAGUUGAGGAGGAAACCAAAGGUUUAUGUCUGAGCUCCUCUGAGCAAAGCGCUGGCCAAGCCAGUGUCUUCCCAUCGCUCAACUUCCCACAAAAACUCUGGGUACUGGCAGAAAGUGAGAACGUGAAGAGCAUUUGGUGGGGUCUCGGAGGAAGCUGCCUGGUGAUUGAGGAAGAGCUGUUUCUGGUGGAAGUCCUGGCCAAGGAAGGACCUGUGAGAGCGUUUGGCUGUACAAGCAUAAAGAGCUUUGUUCGCCAGCUCAACUACUAUGGAUUCACCAAAGUGCCACGGGACGUGGAAAGAUCUCCUUCCCUUCCAGAGUUUCUGGCUGAGGAAGAAGUGUUUUCUACCAAUAGGAAAUUACUCCUGUACUCCAGCCCAUACUUCAGGAGGCAUUACCCACACCUGCUGCAACACUGCAAACGAAGAGCAGCCCAGAAGAGAAGAGCCGUGGCUGCCCCUGGCCCUGGACUGAAAGAGGCUUGGAAUAAGCGCGCCCAGAGGAGCAGCCCAGGUGCCCAGCCCACACAGGGAGCGGCUGCUGGGCUGGAGAGGAGCCUGCAGGCAGCAGAGCCGAAAGGCACACAGGCAGCAGCACUUGUGGGGCCCCCUCCAGCCAAACGCCCCAAGGAAGACAGCCCCUGAGCGCAAGCAGGCCCUGCUCACAGCCUACCAGGCCCUGCUGCAGCACCAGGGCUGGGACAGUGCCAGGCUCUGCCCUGCUCCAUGCAGCCAACGAGCAGCAGUCAGGUGCUGGGUGCCACCUAUGCCACUUCAGCGCCCGGCACUCUGCCCGUUGUGGUGCCCGGUUUGACCUGGCCCCCCUCAGCAGGAGCUCUCCCAGCCCCCAGAAACACCCCAGCUGCAGGCUCCUUGGGCUGCUCUGCCUUUCCUUCGUUCAUGUUUUGCAAUGGCCAAGAUGAUGCCUCCAGACUGGCAGCCCUGGGCAGCCCCACAAUGCCCAACGUGCUCCUGCAGUCAGCAUCAGGUGGAUGCAGGCCAUGGGACGGCCCAGUAGUGAGGGACCCACUGCAGGCCGCACCACAACAGCCCCUCCUUACUUGCUCCUAGUUUGUAGCUCAUAGGUGUAUAUAUACCUCUGGAUAUAGAAUGUUUCAGGAAGUAACCUUCUCAGUUCUCGUGCCCCUUUGUUCGUUCCUUUGUAUACUUAUUCAUUUAAUACUUCUGGAAAUAAAAUAUUUCAAUAAUAAACCUUUCACUCAUCCUUUUAUAAAGUCAUUCAUUAAUUUCAAGGUAAAAUCUCAGACUGAAUUUGUAUUUGGCCUCCCAAUAGGAAGUAGAAGGAGUGCUUCUAACAGUGAUGGAAUGCUUUUCUCUAAGAGUUAUGCUCUCGAUUCUUUACUGUAGAGACUGGGUAACAUCUGCAUGCCUCACACACUGGGAGAGCUCCUCCUCAUCACAGACCUAUAGAAAGGCUUGGGUUGGGAGGG